AUGCUACCGCCCCGCACGCUUGGCCAGCCUGUAACAAAGCUAGAUCUCAUAGUCGACCAGGGGCUCCCCUUGAAUCCUCGAAUCCUUGAUGCAAUGCAGCAGCAUCCGGACAGGGUCGCGGCCCCUCCAAACAUCACAACCCGCCAAGCUGUUUCUGCAUGUAACCAACUAUACCCAGUCGUCUAUACAGCACAGCACAGCAUGCAGCAUGCCCAGUGGCAGUACCGGGAACUGGCAUGCGAGGCCUACCUCCUCCGCACCCGUCUCCAGAAGAUGCCCUACAAGCACAUCGCCGCCCACCUCAACAAGACGGAGCUCGCCUGCCGCCUGCACUACCACCAGCUGUCCCACGGCAGCAGCCGCCGCAAGCGCACCGCCUCCAGCUCCUCCGGCUCCGACCGCUCCCCCGUCAUGCCCAACCUGAGCCCGAGCCCCUCCGCCGCCGCCUACGAGCGCGUCUCCCGCUCCAUCUCGCCCCCGCGCCACCUCGGCGGCGGCGGCGGCCGCUUCGCCAUGACCCCUCCCCCGCAGAUGAGCGACGUCCAGCUGCCCGGCCUCCUGCUCUCCGGCGGCUGCUCCCCGCGCGUGCCGACCAUCCUGCCCAAGCCCGCCUCCAUGGGCCUCGGCACCUCGCGCGCCAGCUCCCCGCUCGGCUACCCCCCGUCGUCCUCGUCCUCGUCCAUGCUUGAGCAGCAGCAUCCGCAGCAGCAGCAGCAUCCGCUCCCGCCCGUCUCUUUCCGUCGCGAGUCGUCCCUCCCGGCGCCGGUUCCGCACCAUCACAGCCUGCCGCUGCCGUCCACGGCGAUGCCCCCGGCGCACUCCCCGGCGCACGUCGACCUCAACCGCCUGCACUCGGUGUACGCGGCGCACCGCGACAAGUUCUGGGACCUGGUGGCCGCCGAGUACGGCUGCUCGAUGGGGCCGGCCACGCUGGAGAAGGCCUGGAAGAGCGGCCGCUGCUGCGGAGGCGGCGGCGGCGGACCGGCGUACGGUCCGCUGGCCAGCCCCAAGGAGGACAGCAAGACGGGGGCGUCGCGCGACAAGACGAGGAUAUCCUCCCUCAUCUCCGCGGACUAG